CUUCCCCAGGCGUCCCCACUCUGGCACUCUCCCCCUUUCCUCCUCCCCACCCACACACUUUUUGAUCCUGAGGGCGGCGUGAUGGCGCUGAGGGGCGUUUGGCAGCUGCAGAAGCUUGUGGUGAACUACUGCGACUGGGGAGGGAGCAGCAGAGGAAUCAGGGCUUUUAUGGAGUCACAUCUUCCAGCUUUGAAGGAAAAGAAUCCCCAGUUAGAGGUAGUGACACAGCUUGUCCGUGGUCAGCAUCCUAACUUGAAGGGCAUUUACAAAAACCAUAACGAGAGAGUGGUUUGUGUCAGAAAUCUAGCACCCGAGGACAUCAUGUUGCAAGCUAGUAGGCUAAGGUGUUCUCUGGGCAGGAAAGUGGUGAAGCUGAGAACUAGACACGUUACGAAACGGCCAAGUGUCCAGGGGACAUGGACGACGGAACUGAAGAUGUGAAUCAAAGUUCCGAGAGAGGCUGUUGCAGUGUUCCUGUUGAACUGUUUGAGAUCUAUGGCAAGAACUCUGUGCUGCUAUUAGACCUACCUUUUGUCAGUAGUUACAGUUUCAUUUUUUGUUUGUUUGAGACAUAAUAAUCUGAUAAUAUCAUGUAAACGUGGGAGAUUCUUGUUAGUGGCGGAUGUGAUCUUA